UUUCUCCAUUUCUAAAUCCAAGUAAAAAGACAAAGCUCGCUCCGAGGAAGCGUCGUCAACUUCCCGAAUCCAUCUCGACGCGCCGCCGCCGCCGCCGCCGGCGAUGUCUCCGCCCGCCGACGCGGCCGCGCUCGCCUCCACAUCCGGGGGCGCCGCGCUCGCCCCCCUCAUCGCCGCGCAGCUCAACUUCGUCCUCUCCCAAUCCAAGCUCCCCAUCAGGGUUGGGCAGAUCUGGUCCGGCUGCCGCGACGGCCGGUACGCCGAUCGCUUCACGCUCGCCAUCCCCUUCUGCCUCGACUACGUCUACUGGGACUUCCUGUACAAUGCGCUGUCGCCGAAGGUGGCGCCGGAUGUGGUGUUCGGGCCGGACGACGACGGGUUUCAGCCACUGGUCGAUUUUGACGAAGCCGGGAGUGGGGAAAAGAGCUGCUUGGCAGAUUGGGAUUGCCGAGACACCGAGGCCCUCUUCUCUCUCAUCAAAGAGCUCCGUGAAUCAUAUAUUGAAUACCAAAAGAAGCGGGCAGCCGAGGUGGAUGACGCAAGACUGAAAUUCGAAAUAAGCACAGUUCUGUCUAAGGAGGGCAUUGAAGUCUGCAUGGUAUCAUCCAAUGGCAGACCAGAUGAGGUGAAAUUUGCUGUCCCACUUCUGCCUCCAGCUCUUGAUAUGGACCUUGCCAAACUGGUUCCUGGAUGUCCUUGGAAACUUCCUCAAAAGAUCCAUUUGCAGGCUGUUUUUCCAAUUAGUAGAAGUUAUUCCUCUGUUCCUCCUGCGCCACGACUCAAAUUAGUCUCAACCCCAGAUUUGAAGUCAUUUUUUUCAGUUGAUGAUGUCAAACUGCCUCCAUGGUUAGAUGGAAUGUGCAUGGCUGAGUAUCUUCCUAACCUGGAAGAAAAUCUUAAAAUGCAGGUUGUGGAGGCAUCAGCUUCAAUUGGUUCUAGAAGACGUUUCAUUGAGGCUUUGGCUCCUACUUUUGGAAGACCAUUAGAGGCUGAUCCGAUUUUUUGCAGAAGAGCUACGGUUCUUUCCAUCUCAGGGAUUUUCACUUUUUUGGUCCACUUCGUCAUUCCUCUCCAAUUCCCUAAGCAACAACCUGUGCUGACAUUACAGAGUUCUCAGCACUUCAAUGCCCAGGGGAUACCCAUCAUGUCAGCUCCAGUAAAUGACUAUCCCUGGAGCCCUAGAUGGGAUCCAGCAGAAAUGGUUGAACGCAUCUAUGACUUUUUGGUUGACGAGUGCCAAAAUUUCAAGAGGUUUUGCAGCGAUUCUCUCCCUCAACAGAAGUAGCUGAUGAGGAAGUACCUCUGCACCGCUGGCUCGCUCGGUUCUUAUUGCAACCGGUAGUCCCAAAAACUUGGCAAGUAAACUGUGAAUCUCAAGAGGCAGCCUAGUCAGUAAUAAGUAGAAAAAUCUAUAGGAUAGGCGUGCUUCUGUUUGGCAAGUAAAAAAGUUGUGUACACUAGAGCAAUACCGGGCUUAGGCUCGUUGGUUAAUCCCCCUGCUGCUAGUCCUGGACUCCAGGUGAUUGUUUGGGAUAAAUGCAACCAAUUUGUUUC